CAUAUAAUCCUUAUAAUAGCUGAAUUUAUUAAAAUAAUCCAGUUCAAAAGAAUGUGAACCCUUGAUUCUUAAUACUGUGUGAUUACCUGGAUGAUCCACUUGUGUUUUGUGAUGAUUGUUCACGAGUCCCUUGUUUAUUCUGAGCAGUUAAACUGAGCUCUGUUCUUCAUAAAACAUCUUUUAUGUAAAAUAUCUUACCCAGCACAGUCCUAAAUAAAACAUAACAUGCAUUUUGUAUUAUCUCCCUUAUUUUGUUAAAAUUAUUAACAUUUUCACAGAUUCUGCAAGUGGUUCACAUACUUUUUCUUGCAACUGUAUCACUUUGUAGAGUUUAGCUUAAAGAAAAUAUUUGCUUGAUAUCUUUUUUGCACAGAAACUUUGAUAAAUGUUUGAGACAUUUGAUGUGUUUUAAAGCUAGCUUCCUGCUUAAUUUUAGGUUUAAAAAAAUGUAUAUAUUUUUUUUUAAAGGGACACCAAAUGUUAUGGAAAGUGCCAAUAUAACAUGGUUUUAGCAUUCAUUUUAGAACAUUAAUGUAUUUUAGAGUGUUACAUGUUUUGCCAUAACAGGCUGAAGUAAUUAUGAAAUGCAUGGGUAUUGCUGUGUAAUAUCUGAUGUCAUAUGUGUGAUUUAAAAAAAAAAAAAUUUUGAAUUUUGAAAUUUGAAAUUUGAAAUCUUAAUUUCAAUGCCUGUAUGAAACGAAUUUAGGCUUUUUUAUAGCUACAUCUGAACUGAUAUGUAAACCACUCUAAAAAAAAACACUAAAAACAUCAGGGAUGCUUUUUCAGUUAAUAAAACUAUCUUAAACUCACACGAUGUCUGAUUGAUAUGCUUGAUCCUGUCCAAUAUUGAUUUAAUGCUUAACUGAAAUGUGACACCACUUUAAAUGAUGUCAAUGUUCGAGAUGUAAUGCCGCGGCGACAGCGCGCGCGCUCUUUUCACAGUGAUGGCGAGCUGAGAAUCUCAUCACCCACUCACCUCAGCUCCCGCACACAUACCCUCACACAUCCAGAGAGGAGGGGAGACAGAGAGAGAGAAACGCAGCGGAAGGGAGGGCGAGAGAGCUCUGGUAGACGGAGGCAGUGUGGAUAUCAAACGGAAGCUUCUAAAUCUUUAGGAUUCUCCAAGCAGCAUUUAUUUUUCCUACAUUCUCACCUGAAGGACUCCUAAAUCAGAGCAUCACAGGAAGGCGGUGAAGAAUCGCCGGCUUUUGCUUGUUUUUAUUUGGAAACGCGGGGUUUGUCUGUUGGCAAGCGGCAGUGGAGAUGCUCCUGUAAUUGGAUUCAUCUGGAAGGAGAGCUGCUUAAGUGACAGCGGCGCUAUAACGCAGCGUAGUAAAUUCCCUUUCUUUCUUUCAGUCUCUCUCUCCAUCCUUCUGUUCUCCUUCUGCCUUCUCGGCAACCCCUCUCAUCUUUUUCCCACGAGCAGAAGAGUUUCUGUGGAACGUGUCGCACGCAGAUCCGCGCGAUGGGUGAUAAAGGCACAAGGGUGUUUAAGAAGGCAAGUCCGAAUGGAAAGCUAACGGUGUACCUUGGUAAGAGGGAUUUCGUUGACCAUGUGGACCUUGUGGAGCCUGUCGAUGGCGUGGUUUUAAUUGAUCCAGAGUACUUGAAAGAGAGAAAAGUUUUUGUGACACUGACGUGUGCUUUCCGCUAUGGACGGGAGGACUUGGAUGUUCUUGGCUUGACGUUUCGCAAAGACCUCUUUGUGGCCAACAUCCAGGCAUUUCCUCCUGUGCCUGAAGAGAAAAAGAGCUUGACACGUCUACAAGAGCGAUUGAUAAAGAAACUUGGAGAACAUGCUUACCCCUUCACCUUCGAGAUUCCUCCGAACUUACCCUGUUCUGUAACGUUACAACCAGGGCCAGAAGAUACAGGAAAGGCCUGCGGGGUUGACUUUGAAGUCAAAGCUUUCUGUGCAGAAAAUGUUGAAGAAAAAAUCCACAAAAGAAAUUCAGUGCGUCUUGUUAUCAGAAAAGUGCAGUAUGCUCCAGAGAAGCCGGGCCCGCAGCCAAUGGCUGAAACCACAAGGCAGUUUCUUAUGUCAGACAAACCAUUACACCUGGAGGCCUCACUUGACAAAGAGAUUUACUAUCAUGGUGAACCAAUCAGUGUCAACGUCCAUGUCACAAACAACACAAACAAGACAGUAAAAAAAAUAAAGAUUUCAGUGCGUCAAUAUGCUGAUAUCUGCCUCUUCAACACUGCCCAGUACAAGUGUCCAGUGGCGACAGAGGAAUCAGAUGAUAUAGUGGCUCCCAGUGCCACAUUUUGUAAAGUAUACACUCUCACCCCAUUCCUCGCGAAUAACCGAGAGAAACGCGGCUUGGCUUUGGAUGGCAAACUCAAACAUGAAGACACAAAUUUAGCAUCGAGUACAUUGUUAAGAGAGGGAGCCAAUAAGGAAAUUCUGGGCAUCAUUGUUUCUUAUAAGGUGAAAGUGAAGCUGGUGGUGUCCCGUGGAGGACUGCUGGGAGAUCUUGCAUCAAGUGAUGUUGCUGUCGAGCUCCCCUUUACAUUAAUGCAUCCCAAACCAUUGGAGGAAUCGAUCUACAGAGAUGCCCCAGAAAAUGAUGCCCCCAUUGACACAAACCUCAUUGAAUUUGACACAAAUGACGAUGACAUCAUCUUCGAGGACUUUGCUCGGCAACGACUGAUCGGAGCAAAAGACGACAAAGAUGAAGAUGAGGAGGGUGCCGAUUCGCCCAAACUGAAUGACAGAUAGAUGCGCAGAUAAGAGUUUCCUGUGUUGUGACGAUACGAGAGACCCUUUCUGGAUAACCUGGAAAAAUGGGACACCCUUUAACACACUCACAGUGGUGCAGUUGUUGUGUUCUUGUUCACAUUCGUCUCUUCCAUCCUGCGAGGGUGUAAAAUAAAAACUUAAGUGUAGAAAAAUGUGACCUUGUCGUUGAAGCGAUUAGAAGGUGAGGUUUUAGUUGAUAGGCCGCCCACUGAGUGCCUCGGAUAUUUGAGGGUCUUUUGGGGUUGAGGCAAUGGCUUCUCAUAAUAGCUAAAUCAAACGUCAGUGGUAGCAUGCCUUUGUUGUUGCUUUGUUUUAUAGAUUCUUCCUUUGAUUAGAACAGAGGGGGAGUUUGAGGGUCGUGGCUUAGUAUUAAACCCUAUUUAAUGUAUGGAAUUUGUUCUGUUUUAAUUACUCUAAAAGGGACUGGAUUUACUAUUUUUUAUUAUAAAAAGCUGCCAAAUUGAUUAAUCUUUAUAAUGUCUCAUGUCUCAACUGAGACACUUUUUUCCACGUUUCAGAAGAACCAGUGUCUCAUCUAAUCUAAAAGUUAUCAUAUAUAUAUAUAUAUAUAUAUAUAUAUAUAUAUAUAUAUAUAUAUAUAUAUACACAUACACACACACACAUACACGAUACAUGACAUUGCAACAACCAUUUAUGACAUUUUUUUCUCUUCAAUGGUUUCUAAAAGUGGGUUUCUAUGAAAUCAUUUAAUUGUAAACAAUGCCUAUAUAUCUUUAAAGGGACAGUAUAUUAUUAUAGGAUAUUUUUACAUAAUUGAAGCUUCUCAAACAUAGUACCAAUGAAUAGUUGUGUGCUACAAACAUUCCAGUUACAGUAUCUAUUCUGAAUAAAUUAUAUGUAUAAUUAAAUCUGUUUCAAAUCCAUCAUCUGUGGAACAGAAAAUGAGAAAUUUUGAAGAAUGUACUGUUUUUUAAUGCUAUCAUAAUUAAUGGGGAUUGCAGCUUUUAAGUGUCAAUAAAGAUUAAAAAGCACCAUAAAAUAAUCCUUAAAAUUCACCCCAACUUGUGGCUAUAUUGUAUGAAUAAAUUCGAAUUAAAAGUUUUUUUUUUUUUUUUUGCAAAAAAUUCAAAGUUUGUGAACAAAUUAUUCAGUGUGAACCUGAUCAAAUAAUUCAUUGAAAAGAUCAGACUCAAAUAAAUAAAUAAAAUAAUAAUAUAAAAAAUAAACGUUGAAUCAAGAAUCACUACUUGAACCACUACUUGAACUCUCAUGAACUAUGGCCAAGUAGAUGUUGGGCAGAUGUCAAGAUUUUCAAUGUUUAACGAUUUAAUCUGUCUGUUCCUCUAGCAAUCACAUGGACUGUGACUAAUUCUUUUAAUAUGGUUUUGCUCCAUAUGGUCAUGUUGGAAACUUGAAAGCUCCAGUCCUUUUUAAAAAAAUUUCUGCACUGAAAAAACAGCACAUUCUUUAAAAUUUCUUUUGUUGUGUUUCAUGAAAGAAAGUCAUCUAGGUUUAGAACAUCACAGUAAAUAAAUGAUGACGGAAUUUAUCAUUUUGGGGCAAACUAUUGGUUUAAAUAUUCUAUGGACAAUUUCCUAUUUGUCUGACUCCUCUAGACUUAUCCAGUAAUUCUCUGAGCUGGAGACCCACUAAAAUCAAAAGACACUUAAUUGGAAAUGUAGCCUUUUUUUACAUUGCAAAGAUUAUGUGCUUUCUAUAUGAAUGAGGCCUUGACUUACUGCAUGAAACGUCAAUAAUUUGUAUGUUUUGUGAAAGAAAGAAAGAAAGAAAGAAAGAUAGAAAGAUAGAAAGAUGUUUAAAUGAAAAUGGAUUUUUCAAUGAACUGAUAUAUUAUAAUGUCCAUGUGCUGGAUAAACCACAAUUCUAAAAUAAGUAAACUUGAUUAUUGACAUAAGGCAAGAAAAUGAUAUUGAUGAUCAAAUGUAAGAAGAAAUUACAAUAUAUUAAAUAUAUACUAUGUUGUAUA